AUGGCGACCGAUUCCAUCGGACCCCGUAUGGCCUGGAGUGUUGGCGGUCCCUCAAGCGCCUGGGAAGCGGAUCAUACCGUAUGGCGAUGUCUGGCAGGAGCACUGCGUGCUGGUUAUUCGAUAAUGUCCAAGCGGGAACUCGAAGCCCUGGUCGCCUUUUCGAACCCCCACGUCACCGAGUAUCGAGAUCACUUCGUGCAAUGUCUCGGCUGGUUCAAUGACGAGCAUUAUCUCUACAUAGCAAUGGACUACUUGCACUUCGGCGACCUCCAGCAAUAUGUCAAUUUUCGAUCUUUCCCCGAGCCAGAGGCAGCCUCCAUUGCGAAGCAAGUUGCCCAAGCCCUACGAACAUCCUCGUGGCCGAGCCAGGGCCCGGGUGGCGUGUCAAGCUUGCCGACCUUGGCCUGGCAAAAAGCGUUGAUGGGGCGGUGCGACACAAUCAAUUGGCACGCGGGGAUACAUGGCCCCGGAGCUCAUCGAAGAGUCGAUGACCGAGUAUACAGCAGCGGUCGACAUUCGGGCACUUGGGGCAGUUGUUUUCGGCCUGCGAACCGCCUUCCUCCAUUUCCCAAUAACCGACGAUUGAUCGAUUACCUCGAUCACUAUAAGACGGAACUCAUUACUGGGCCUUUGGAUAACUCGAGCCGGUACUGUACAGAUCUUGUGCUGGGAGCAAUGGCCCCGGAGGCGCAAUCACGCUUCACAAUCCAUGACUCUUGGCUCAUGCCUGGCUCUCCAUGCAGUCCACGAUUGGGGAUCAGGGAGUCAACGAUGGGGACCACUGCCUGGGACCAGGUCGACUCUAAUGCCUGGGCGUUGACAGCGUCCCGCGGAAACUCAGGUACCGAACCAGGACUCGGCUCAUGGAGUCCGCGCCAUACUUCUAUAUCAUCAGCUUCGUCUAUAUCAUCGCCAAAGUCAUUUCUCAGAAACACUCGGGCAGGGUCGUUGGCAGGAGAUUCAAGCCGGUACCAGCAGCGAAGAGAAACAUCCAAACGCGACAGUCGCGGCACGCCACCACGACAGCCUGAGCAGACCGUAAAACUUGCUCCACGUGCAAUCACAUCUUCAUCGUUUGCAGCAGGCCAAGUAAGCGCGAGUAAUGGCUCAUGGGGCUCUAGAAAUGAGGCCGAUCUAGAAGGAACCAAGGUCAGAAACACCGAAGAUGAGAGGGGGCUUGACGAGAGCUUGGCGCAUGAGUUUGGCUAUACAGCGUUAAAGCCCAACGAGUUCUUCAAUAGGGAAAGGAUCAGUAUCGCCGAGCAGCAGAGGCGUAACAAAGAGACCAGAGAUCGCUUAGUGCACGACUUUGGCUACACAGAAGAAGAGGUCAAUAGUAUUCUCACCAAGAAAUACGAACGAGACCAAAAAGUCAAGGAUGAGGCAAAGGCAGCGUAUCCAGGGUCGUUGUCUCUGGGACCUUCAUACCCUAGUGAUGCUCAAGUCCGCACUGUUCUCCUCUGCGGCCCUCUGCCACACCAGCACACAACGAGCGAACCCAAUGGACCCCAUAUACUAGCUACGCUGUCAAUCUGCCUGCAACAACGGACUCUGCUCCAUCAGUAA